UUCCUGGCAUCUAUCAUAGUUAUUCAAUGGUGGAAAUUAUUAGUGUUAACAGACUCUUAAUUAUUCUCUUCUCUGUUUGUUUAUCUUCCAAACAAUUGUUAGCAAUUGGAAGAAGUCAUACAGACUAUGAAUCACUCGUUGCGUUCAAGAAUCAAGUUCUAAAGCAAAGCAAUGUGGAUUCUUUCAUCAUUUUCGCAAGCUCAUGGAAUGCCACCAACCACUUUUGCUCAUGGGAAGGGGUCACGUGCAGCUACAAACACCGCUACAGAGUCACGGCCUUGGAUCUCCAUUCUGUCGGGUUGGUCGGCCCUCUUCCUCCUUCCAUAUUCAAUCUCACCUUCUUGAGAAGGCUUGAUCUCAGCGACAACAAACUCUAUGGUGAGAUCCCUUCAAUUCUAGCUUGCUUACCACGACUACAAAAUCUUAACUUGAGCUUUAACUCCUUUGAUGGAGACAUUCAUGCUAUUCUGACAAUGAACCAUAGCUCUGUUCUCCAAGUUUUGGACCUUGCCAACAACCAUAUGAUCACAGGAAAAAUUCCCCCUACUAUCAGCUACAUGUCGCCACUCAAAUUCCUCAGACUCUCGAAAAACAACAUCAUUGGCACCAUCCCACCUUCACUUACCAAUCUAUCCUUCUUGGAAGCUUUUUAUGUCGCAUAUAACCAUCUAGAGGGAGGCAUCCCACCAGUGAUUGGUGUUCUUCAUAACUUAAAAUUUCUCAGUGUGUCUGAUAAUAAACUUUCAGGUAACAUUCCUUCUUCCUUCUACAACCUAUCAUCACUACGUAACUUUUCGAUGACAAAUAAUCACCUCUCUGGUUACAUUUCAGGUAAUAUUGCCCAAUCUUUUCCAAACCUUGUAUCCCUUUCUUUUGCUGUAAACAGUUUCAUUGGUUCACUUGAUCAAGCUCUUCGAAAUGUGACCAGCUUAGUCCACUUGGACAUUAGCCAAAAUAAUUUCACAGGAGUGGUGCCACCAGGCCUUGGAAAAAUGUAUAAUCUUAUACGCCUCAAUAUGGAAUUUAACCAACUUGAUGCAAAUGAUGCAAAGGAAUGGAGAUUUCUUGAUUCACUAACUAAUUGCACCAGCUUAAAAAUUUUAGGCCUUCGUAGUAAUAACUUUCAUGGAAUACUUCCAAAAUCAUUUGGGAACCUCUCCAUUGAGCUUCAACUAAUAACAUUAGGAUGGAAUCACAUUUUAGGAAGACUCCCCUUUGAACUUGAUAGGUACACCAAUCUAAUUGCUUUAGGGAUGGAGAGCAAUCUCUUGGAAGGUUCUAUACCCGAGACCAUUGGAAUGCUUGGAAGGCUACAAAGUUUAUCUUUUUUUGAGAAUGAUCUUACGGGAAUUAUUCCUCACUCCUUAGAAAAUCUCACAAGACUUAGCAUGCUAAAUUUAGGAUCUAAUGAAUUAACAGGCCAUAUACCUUCUAGCCUAAAAAAUCUUCAGCAUCUUUCUUAUUUGGAUCUCAGUCAAAAUAAUCUAACAGGCAGCAUUCCGAGAGAAAUUUUUUUCAUUCCUUCAUUUUCACUUGCUUUGUAUCUGUCUUAUAACUUUUUCACUGGGUCUCUACCAGUAGAGGUUGGUCUUCUAAUAAAUCUCGUCUCCCUUGAUUUUUCUAAUAAUAAUUUGAGUGGAGAAAUUCCAAAAACACUUGGAAGCUGUCAAUCGUUGCUUGAAUUAAAUAUGGGAUACAACUUCUUCCAAGGCCCCAUCCCUAUUUCACUAAGUAGUUUGACGAGUCUUGAAAUACUAGACCUUUCACAUAAUAAUUUAUCAGGUGUUAUUCCUCAAUUUCUACAAAAUUUUACAUUUCUUAUGAACUUGAAUCUAUCAUUCAAUAAUCUUGAAGGUGAGGUGCCAUAUGAAGGUGUCUUUUCAAAUUCCUCAGAAAUAUCUCUCGUCGGAAAUGAAAAACUAUGCGGUGGAAUUCUAACACUUCAUUUGCCAAAAUGUGUUGUCAAAUCAUCGUCAACAAAAUCUCAUCAUUUAAUCAAAAUUUUAUUCUCUAUUCUUAACAUUGUAGUUAUGUUAUUCAUCCUUUUGUUGUGCUAUACUUUGCUUUAUAGAAGAAAAAGAAAAAAUGAUUUAAGAAAUGCAUCUGGUUUAUCUUUAAGCCCUCCAUAUCCAAAAAUUUCCUAUGCAAAAUUAGUUGAAGCUACAAAUGCUUUCUCCACUACGCACCUAGUAGGAUGUGGAAGAUAUGGCUCUGUUUAUGCAGGCAACUUAAGAGAAUAUGAUGUUAUUGUGGCUAUUAAAGUAUUUAACCUUGAGGUUCAUGGAGCUUUGAGGAGUUUUACAGAUGAAUGUGAUGCACUAAGAAGCAUACGACAUCGUAAUCUUGUACGAGUCCUAAGUUCCUGCUCGAGCAUUGAUAUUCAAGGCAAUGAAUUUAAAGCUUUGAUCUUCGAAUUCAUGUCAAAUGGAAACUUAGACACGUGGCUACACCAAGAACAUAAGAUUGACGAAGAUGAUGUUCUCUCUUUGGUAAAAAGAUUAAGUAUUGCUAUCGAUGUCGCAGAAGCUUUGGAGUAUCUUCACCAUAGCUGUGAACCACCAAUCAUUCACUGUGACAUAAAGCCAAGUAACAUUCUACUUGACGAAAACAUUACUGCACAUGUGGGUGAUUUUGGACUUUCAAGAAUGUUUGAUGAGAAUUUGAAUAUAUCUCGUCAAGAUUAUUCCAGCCAAAGUGGCAUUAAAGGAACUAUUGGCUAUAUUGCCCCAGAGUAUGGUGAAGUAGCUCCCUUGUCUCCAUCUGCAGAUGUUUAUAGUUUUGGAAUAGUAUUACUAGAGAUGCUUACUGGAAGAAGGCCUACCGAUGACGUUACAAUUGGAAGAAAUAAUACAGACUAUGAAUCACUCGUUGAGUUCAAGAAUCAGUUUCUAAAGCAAAGCAAAGUGGAUCCUCCGACCAUUUUCGCAAGGUCAUGGAAUGCCACCAACAACUUUUGCUUAUGGGAAGGGGUCUCGUGCAGCUUCAAGCACCAUGACAGAGUCACAGCCUUGGAUCAUUGUUCUGUCGGGUUGGUCGGUCCUAUUCCUCCUUCCAUAUUCAAUCUCACCUUUCUAAGAAGGCUUGAUCUCAGCAUCAACAUGCUCUAUGGAGCUAAUGACAUUUUAGGAAGAAUCCCGUUUGAACUUGAUAGGUACACCAAUCUAAUUGCUAUAGGUAUGGAGAUGAACCUUUUCGAAGGUCCCAUACCCGAGACCAUUGGAAUGCUUGGAAGGCUACAUGCUUUAUUUUUUUAUGGGAAUGACCUUACAGGAAUUAUACCUUACUCCUUAGAAAAUCUCACAAGACUUGGCGAGUUGGAUUUAAGAUCCAAUCAAUUAACAGGCCAUAUGCUAUCAAGCCUAAAAAAUCUUCAGCUUCUCAAUUUCUUGUCUCUUGGUUAUAAUAAUCUAACUGGCGGGAUUCCGAGAGAAAUUUUUUUCAUUCCUUCUCUUUCACUUGGUUUGGAUUUGUCUUAUAACUCUUUCACUGGGUCUCUACCAUUAGAAGUUGGUCUUCUAAUAAAUAUCGUCUAUCUUGAUUUUUCUCAUAAUAACUUGAGAGGAGAAAUUCCAAAAACACUUGGAAGUUUUCAAUCAUUGCUUGAAUUACGUAUGGAAUACAACGUCUUCCAAGGCCCCAUCCCUACUUCUCUAAGCAGCUUGAAGAGUAUUGAAAUACUAGACCUUUCACAUAAUAAUAUAUCAGGUGUUAUUCCUCAAUUUCUACAAAAACUUGUCUUUCUUGAGAAUUUGAAUUUAUCAUUUAAUAAUCUUGAAGAAGCUUUGGAGUACCUUCACUAUAGUUGUGAACCAUCAAUCAUUCACUAUGACAUAAAGCCAAGUAACAUCCUACUUGACAAUAACCUUGUUGCGCAUGUGGGUGAUAUGUGGGUGAUUUUGGAUGUGGGUGAUUUUGGACUCUCAAGAAUGCUUUAUGAGAAUGUGAAUAUAUCUCAUCAAGAUUAUUCCAACAAAAGUGGCAUUAAAGGAACUAUUGGCUAUAUUGCCCCAGAGUAUGGUGAAGUAGCUCCCCUGUCUCCAUCUGCAGAUGUUUAUAGUUUUGGAAUAGUAUUACUAGAGAUGCUUAUUGGAAGAAGGCCUACUGAUGACGUAAAGGGGAAGGCCGCCAUUGAUGUUGUUUGUAAUCCCUUGGGAAAAUCAGGCGGUGCUUUGAUUCAACAGUUCAUGAUCUUAACUUUUAGCUUUUUAACCCUAAACUCCACUCCCUGUAUUGGAGGAAUACUGUUGGUCAUUGUUCUUGCAUGGUUGGGGGCGGCAAAGUCUCUGAAUUCACACUUCUCUGCAUUAGCCAAGCAAGAGCUGGAGAAAGAGAGGGUAAAGGGAAAGAGCAGGGAACCUGUGAUUGAUGUUUCUGCAAAAGAAGCUAAAAGCCUGGUGGACAAGGAAGAGAAUGGCUCUCUUCCUGUACCUGAAUCAUCAGCAAAUGGUUCAGCUCUGCAACAGAAAAUAGCUUCAGAGCCUGAAACCCCAACCCAGCUUCCUCAAAUUAUUAGUGUCAACAGACUCUUAAUUAUCCUAUUGUCUGUCUGUUUAUCUUCCAAACAAUUGUUUGCAGUUGGAAUAAAUAAUACAGACUACAAAUCACUCAUUGCAUUCAAGAAUCAGUUUCUAAAGAAAAGCAAUGUGAAUUCUUCUACCAUUUUCGCGAGCUCAUGGAAUGCCACCAACCACUUUUGCUCAUGGGAAGGGGUCACGUGCGGCUUCAAGCACCGCAACAGAGUCACAGCCUUGGAUCUCCAUUCCGUCGGGUUGGUCGGUCCUCUUCCUCCUUCCAUAUUCAAUCUCACCUUCCUAAGAAGGCUUGAUCUCAGCCUCAACGAGCUGUAUGGUGAGAUCCCUCAAAUUCUGGCUUGCUUACCACGACUACAACAUCUUAACUUGAGCUUUAACUCAUUUGAUGGAGACAUUCAUGCUAUUCUGAUGAUGAACCAUAGCUCUGCUCUCCAAGUUCUUGACCUUACUAACAACCAUAUGAUCACAGGAAAAAUACCUCUUGUUAUAAACUCCAUGUCGCCACUCAAAUUCCUCAGUCUCUAUCAAAACAACAUCAUUGGCACCAUCCCACCUUCACUUGCCAAUUUAUCUUUCUUGGAAAGUUUUUUUGUCGCAUAUAACCAUCUAGAGGGAGGCAUCCCACCAGAGAUUGGCGUUCUUCAAAAGUUGAAACAUUUUGAUGUGGCUGUUAAUAAACUUUCAGGUAACAUUCCUUCUUCAUUCUACAACCUAUCAUCACUGCAGAUUAUUACGGUGACAAAAAAUCACCUCUCUGGUUACAUCUCAGCCAAUAUUGCCCAAGCUUUUCCAAACCUUCGAGCCUUUCUUAUUGGUGUAAAUAAUUUCCUUGGUUCACUUGAUCGAGCUCUUCAAAAUGUGACCAACUUAGUCCUUUUGGAAGUUAGCAAAAAUAAUUUUACAGGAGUGGUGCCACCAGACCUUGGAAAAAUGUACAAUCUUGUAUACCUCAAUAUGGGAGAAAACCAAUUUGAAGCAAAUGAUGAAAAGGAAUGGAGAUUUCUUAAUUCAUUAACAAAUUGCACCAUUUUACAAACUUUAGGACUUUCUGGUAAUAACCUCCGUGGAAGGCUACCCAAAUCAUUUGGGAACCUCUCCAUGGAGCUUCAACGAAUAAAAGGAUCUAAUCACAUUAUAGGAAGAAUCCCUUUUGAACUUGAUAGGUACACCAAUCUAAUUAGUUUAAUAAUGGACAACAAUCAUUUGGAAGGUUCUAUACCCGAGACCAUUGGAAUGCUUGGAAGGCUACAAGUUUUAGAUUUUUAUGGGAAUGAUCUUACGGGAAUUAUUCCUUACUCCUUAGAAAAUCUCACAAGACUUAGUUUGUUGUAUUUAGGAUCUAAUCAAUUAACAGGCCAUAUACCUCCAAGCAUAAAAAACUUCCAGCAUCUCACUUCAUUGGAUCUCAGUUUUAACAAUUUAACUGGUCUGAUUCCAAGAGAUCUUUUUUUCAUUCCUUCCUUUUCAAUUGCUUUGGAUUUGUCAAAAAACUCUUUCGUUGGGUCUCUACCAUUAGAAGUUGGUCGUCUAAUAAAUCUCGUUUACCUUGAUUUUUCUAAUAAUAAUUUGAGAGGAGAAAUUCCAAAAACACUUGGAAGUUGUCAAUCAUUGCUUGAAUUAUAUAUGGAUUACAACUUCUUCCAAGGCCCCAUCCCUAUUUCUCUAAGCAGUGUGAAGAGUCUUGAAAUACUAGACCUUUCACAUAAUAAUUUAUCAGGUGUUAUUCCUCAAUUUCUACAAAAACUUAUCUUUCUUAAGAAGUUAAAUCUAUCAUUUAAUAAUCUUGAAGGUGAGGUUCCAUAUGAAGGUGUCUUUGCCAAUUCCUCAGAAAUAUCUCUCAUUGGAAAUGAAAAACUAUGCGGUGGAACUCUAACAGUUCAUUUGCCAAAAUGUGUUGCCCAAUCAUCGUCAACAAAAUCUCAUCAUUUAAUCAAAAUUUUAUUCCCAAUUCUUAACAUUGUAGUUAUGUUAUUCAUCCUUUUGUUGUGCUAUACUUUGCUUUAUAGAAGGAAAAAUAAAAAAGAUUUAAGAAACGCAUCUGGUUUAUCUUUAAGCCCUCCAUAUCCAAAAAUUUCCUAUGCAAAAUUAGUUGAAGCUACAAAUGCUUUCUCCACUACGCACCUAGUAGGAUGUGGAAGAUAUGGCUCUGUUUUUGCAGGCAACUUAAGAGAUUAUGAUGCUAUUGUGGCUAUUAAAGUAUUUAACCUUGAGGUUCAUGGAGCUUUGAAGAGUUUUACAUAUGAAUGUGAUGCAUUAAGAAGCAUACGACAUCGUAAUCUUGUACGAGUCCUAAGUUCAUGCUCGAGCAUUGAUAUUCAAGGGCAUGAGUUUAAAGCAUUGAUCUUUGAAUUCAUGCCCAAGGGAAACUUAGACACGUGGCUCCACCGAGAAUAUGAGAUUGAUGAAGAUAAUCUUCUCUCUUUGGAAAAAAGAUUAAGUAUUGUCAUCAAUGUUGCAGAAGCUUUGGAGUAUCUUCACCAUAGUUGUGAACCACCAAUUAUUCACUCUGACAUAAAGCCAAGUAACAUUCUACUUGACAAUAACAUUAUUGCACAUGUGGGUGAUUUUGGACUCUCAAGAAUGCUUUAUGAGAAUGUGAAUAUAUCCAACAAAAGUGGCAUUAAAGGAACUAUUGGCUAUAUUGCGCCAGAACAUGGAGAAGUAGCUCCCCUGUCUCCAUCUGCUGAUGUUUAUAGUUUUGGAAUAGUGUUACUAGAGAUGCUUAUUGGUAGAAGGCCUACUGAUGAUGUUUUCAGUGAUAACUUAACUCUACGUAAUCACAUUAAAAUGAUGUUUCCUCAUGGAAUCAAUUGCAUAGUAGAUCCUAAAAUGUUUACAAAAGAGCAAAGAGAUGCUAUCAAAGGGGGUGGAGAACAACCACGAUGGUUUAGUUGCCAAAGCAUCAACAAAUGCUUGCUUUCCUUGACAGAAUUAGGUCUCUGUUGCACAGUUUCAUCUCCAAAAGAAAGGCCUUCCAUGAAAGAUGUUGCUGCAAAAUUACAUGCAAUUCGAGUUUCUUACGUACCUUCAGGCUGAUGAAAAUGAUAUGUUCUUGAAGAAAAGCUAGCAUGUAGA